CUUUUACUUCUUUGGUAAACAAAUCAGUAACCACGAUAACUGUAAACGUAUACAAACAUGAAUUGUACAUUAAACAUUGAUAGGUGACUGGAGAAAUAUGCGCAAAUUAUUAACACUGGCUCUUUUACUCUAUGAUGUUAUUGAUGCAAAUAGAUUUAAUUACGAUUAUGAAGAGCCCGAAAACGUCAAACGACAAUCAUUCGCUGAUGACCGAAGAAACUGGAGAAAGAAAGCAUUACUAAAGUCAUUUGACCAAGAACCUAUGGACUGGGUGGGAAGAAGAGAAUAUGAACAAGAAGUCCCAAGAAAUUAUGACGAUGCUGUUGCAAAGAGUAGUAUGGUACGAAGAAUUGAUUAUGAUGCAGGACCAGGGUACGCUGGAGCAAAAAACAUCGAAGAAAAACAAAAUUUAGGGUACAGUGGAGAAAUCGGUCAUCAUAACGCGGACAAAGAACCUUUAAGAAAAUCCUUGGUGAUGAAUUGUGAACGACCCAAUGAGAGGUAUGAGGCAUGCUUCGCUGGAUGUUCAUCUAUUACUUGUGACAACCCUAGAGAGAGACUACGAGCUUGUUACCCAUUUUGUGAGCCGGGCUGUAUUUGUGUGCAACCCUAUGUCCGCGACGACAGAACACAUAAAUGUGUAUUACCUGAAAAUUGCACAAAAGGACUUAAAGGAAUACCAGACCUUAAUGAAGAAAUUUAAAUCAUGGAGUCAACAAUAGUGUGUCAAAUAUAAUUGAUUUAUUUGAUAUUUUAUGUUUAGUUUCAUGAUAGUAUGUGAAAAGAACAAAACCUAUUAAUGCUAUUAAUACC